AUGACGACGAAACCAGAUCACAAUCAUCCUCUGUUUUUGUCUUCUUAUGAUGUAGCUGGUGCUGUUCAGAUUGGAAUUCAGCUCACAGGGAUGGAGAAUUAUACUCUUUGGAGUAGAGCAAUGCGUCUGAAUCUAUUGACUCGAAACAAGUUAGGAUUCAUUGAUGGACUUGUUCAACGUGAUGAUUUCAAGGAAGCUUUUGAAAAACAGGACUGGGAUCGUUGCAAUGCAAUGGUGAUUUCGUGGAUUCUGAGCAAUGUAAGUAAGGAUUUAGUCAGUGGAAUUCUUUUUUGUUCAAGUGCUCAUCUAGUUUGGACUGACUUGAAGGAACGAUUUGACAAAUAUGACUAUUACUCCACCUCCUGCUUGUGGUAUGACUCUAUUACUCCACCUCCUGCUUGUGGUUGUGCUAAAUCGAAAGAUUAUACUGAUAGCUUGUUGAGGCAAAAGUUGUUGAAGUUUCUAAUGGGAUUGAAUGACAAUUACAGUCAGGCACGUAGUCAUAUUUUGAUGAUGAAUCCCACUCCGAGUGUGAAUCAAUGUUAUGCAAUGAUUAUACAAGAUGAGAGUCAAAGAGUGUUGUCUGGUGAACACUCUACUAGUGGUUCUCAAUCGAAUGGAAUAGAAUACUCAGGAGGCUCAGGAGGUCCUGCCAACUCAAGUGGUGAUUCAGGUGGGACUCGUGAGAAAUCCUCCAUUGUAUUGUGA